AUGAUUUUAACUAUCUAUGGUUGUUAUCGGUAUAAUAGUAAUACAAAGUUCUUUCUCGUUGUUGUGAUAUAUUAUCAUUGAAAUAAUUGAAAAGAUGUAAAAUUGACAAAGUUGAUUUUAUGUAUAUGUAUAUAGAUAUAUAUAUAUGUAUCUGUGUAUGCACAAUUUUUUUAACAAACAUGUUCCCAGCUUAUGCUUAUUUAUCUGCUUACGACAGGCAUAAAAAACUUAUAAAUGAUUACCUGUUAUUAAAAGGAGAAACUGUAGCAUCUUUAAAACGAGACACGUCCCGAGAUAAGAGAGAUUUUGAUGUUAUCAAAGAAAAUCAUAAAUUUCUGUGGGAUGAGGAUGACGAUCAACCAAAUACAUGGGAAGCUCGUUUGGCCAAAAAAUACUAUGAUAAAUUGUUUAAGGAAUAUUGCAUUUGUGACUUGAUCUAUUAUAAAUACAACAAGGUUGCACUAAGAUGGAGAACGGAGAAGGAAGUAAUUGUAGGCAAAGGACAAUUUGAAUGUGGCAAUAAAAAAUGCGCUAUAAAAGAGGAUCUUCGUUCUUGGGAAGUUAAUUUUGGUUAUGUCGAGCAUGGAGAAAAAAAAAAUGCUUUAGUAAAACUGCGUUUGUGCCCAGAAUGUUCAAUAAAGUUGAAUUAUCGAUCGCAAAAGCGUGAAGUAAAAAGAAGAAAAUCAUUGAAACGUCUAGGAUCCCAUUCUGGAUCCAAUAUUGAAAAACCAAGUACAUCUGAAGACACAUCUGAUAAUACAAGAGUCAAAGAAAAUGAAAAUCCGUCAACCCCUGAAAAUAUUGACAAUACUGUUGAUGAAGAAUCGAAAUCUAAUAUUUGGAAAGAAAAACCUGUAGAAUCAAUGGAGCGAUCAAGAGAAGAAGAAUUUGAAGAAUAUCUGGCCGACUUGUUCAUGUAAAAAAAAAAAAAAAAAAAAAAUAUUGAUUGUAACAAUUAAUAUUUUAACAUUAAUAAUGGUAUUAAUAAUAAUAAUAAUUGCUUAAAAAUAAACUUUUUUGUAAUAUUAAUAUUUCAUUUAAGCAUAUAUUUUAAUUAAGUAAAAUUGUAUCACUGUAUCCAUAGUCUAUUAAAUAUAUUAAUAAUUCUAACCUUUCUAGAUAUUGUAAUAUAGUAAUUAUUAAAAAAUAAAAGUUAUUCACAAAAUUA